GCGGGUUCUCUCCUCACGCACUCCAGUCUCCGUUCGGACGUCGUGAGAAGCGGACACCUGUGCACCUCCUUCGUUUGAGCAGGAAUUUAAUCUCGCCUCCACUACGAGGCAGGAGUUCCAGCAGAGACAACACGAGAUUUAAGCAGCUCCAGUACAUCCUCCUUAUAUCUUACGAUGUUUAAUAUCCUGCAUGGUUCACGUGAGAUACAUUAUAUAUGAUAUCAAAGUCAAGGAAUCGAAAAAAGGACAAAGAAAGGUUUGUCGAGAGAGAGAGAGAACGAGACAAGAAAAUGUGGGAUGAAUGAAAAACCCAAAAAUAUAAGUGGUUCGUGAAGCGUCUUCCUCCACUGCAAUUUUAACUGUGAUAUUGCGGUUGUCUGGUUACCUGUUAAUCAAGACUCUAUAAAGGUAUGUUCAUAGAGCGUAAAUGCGACCUAGUAUUUACUUAUAUGCACAUCUUUAUGUGAUGACCUACGGUGCAUUGUAAGAAGAGAGCAAACUAUCUUCCAAGCAUUUGGGUUUCUUUUGGUCUGAGACGGAGAUGGAGAAAACGUAGUGAAGGAAAAUCCGUACGAUUGUGAGAAAACAGAAAGGAGAAAGUAAGGAAGAGAGAAUAUAAUACUUAAUAUAAUACUUUCAAAGUGAAUAAUUAUAGCCAGAAUAACUACAGUGAAAGGAAAGGAAAUAUAAUUGUUGUAUAAAUGCACACUGAUUUGAAUCCACUCAAGUUUGAGAAGAAAAAGAAGUUAUCGGUGCGAUUUUUUCCCCUUCUUAUAACCAGUUUGUGAAGCAUUCUUAUAUAAUCCAUAAAGGAAAGGAAGAUAGCGAAGGAAAAAGAGGUUUGAGUCCAUAAGGAAGAGAAGAAGAGUCUAGUCUACAACCAAAUCAAGGUUAAGCAAAAAAAAGAAAAAAAUAAACACACAGACCACUACAUACGAAAAAAGUUCCCGUUCCUUAUUUUGUCACUCAGUUAAUUUCUACCCAGUCUCUCCUCCCUCUAAUUCGGCAAGAUGAUGAGUUUCAAGCAGUGGCUAGUGCUGCUGGGCCUCUACACCAUCUACAUGCUCAUUGGCGCCGCCGUGUUCAUCAGUCUGGAGAAGGACAAUGAAAUGGAGGGAAGAGAGGAGCUGCUCAGCCUCAAGGGGCGUGUGAUAGACUUCGUGGAGGGCCUGGACAACGAGAGCCGACCGGGCGCCGAGGUCGUCCUCGAAGACGUGGGUGGCGUCUGCGGCCACGACUUCCUGUCGGCGGGGGACGACGAGCCACUCACCUGGUCGCUCUGGAACUCCUUCUUCUUCACCUUCACCGUCAUCACUACCAUAGGUUUCGGCCACAUGUCCCCCGCCACGCCCUGGGGCCGCGUCUUCUGCAUCGCCUACGCCCUCUUCGGCGUCCCCCUCAACGGCAUCCUCGUGGCGGUGCUGGCAGACAUCUUCUCCUGCAAGGUGGUGAACUCCCGCGUGCGCGCGCGGGCCAAGCGCUACGAGUCGUGGAUGGGCGUGGCCACCGACACGGUGCUGUACCUGAUGCCCGGCCUCGUCGUGUUCCUGGUCGUUCCGGCGGCCGUGCUGCUGGCGUUCGAGGAGGGGUGGAGCUUCAUCGACUCGUUCUAUUUCGCCUUUAUUACUCUCACUACCAUCGGAUUCGGGGACUACGUGGCCGGGCGCCAGGACCUGGACCACAUGUGGAUCUGGACUUACAAGAUCCUGAUGGUGGUGUGGAUCGUGUUCGGCCUCGGAUACAUCGUCAUGAUCAUCACCUUCAUUCAGAAGGCGCUCAAGUCGAAGAAGAUUCACCGGGUUGAACAAAAGAUCGCUCGAACGCUGAAGAGACAGGCAGCCAAGAUUCACCAGAACCUCCACACGGAUCUCAAGAGGCUGCGUGAGGUGGUGACAGCUCUCUCGGUUCUUGACCACAACUCGGAGGAGAACUGCAGCAAGGAGGUGCUCAAGCGCUACGAGAGCCAGCCCACGAUUCCUCAGGACGAGGGCGACGGCGAAGACGAAGAAGGCCAUGCCCCUCCCCGCUCGGCGACGUCGGUGCAGCCGUCGCCCGCCACCGAGCGCAUCAACACCUUCCGGCAGGCGCUGUCCGAGGCGGCCGUCAACAAUGUGGGCAAGAAGGACCAGUUCCGCAGCCUGUCGUCUCUGGAGGACGUGGCUCUGUUCCUGGAGAUGGUGGAGUCGCUUCUCCGCGAGCACGAGGCGGGCAUCGCGAAGGAGGCGGACGACCAGGCGCACCACAUCCUCAGCGACGACGACUCCAACUCCUCCGACGAUGACUCCUUCGGCACAGUGGCGAUGGACAUCCCGCACAAGGAGGACCUCGAGGCUGGCUUCUGCAAUCAGGCUUUCGUUGGCGACAAGGGUGAGGUCGAGGGCGCGAGCCAAAAGCCGCGACCCGACGCCGACAACGCCAGCAAGAAGGGCGCAAAAGAGGAUGAGCCCUGCGUUAACCAAAGGGUGCAGCAGCGGCUAAACUAUCUCCUGAUGGAAGUAGACGCUAAGUCGAGGCGAGGACUCUUGCGCCAAAAGUCGCUAAAGGAAGGCGUCAUUUCUUCGGGCCAGCUCCUGGGCAAGAUGGAGAGCAUCGUGUGCAAACCCUUCUCCAACCCAGACCUCUACGACGCCUGCGAUACCAGUGACUGCGACUCGGCGUCGACUUUCGACCGUCGAAGCUGCAACUCCGUCCCGGGUUGCAUCAAGACCGGCUGCACGAAAUCGUACACGAACCUUUGCGACGUCUUCCCUACACUGCCCUCCUCCUGCGACGCCGUCGGCCACCAGCCUGCCUCCCAACAUGACUCCGAGAAGCGAGCCAGCCGCCGCUGGUCCGUCGGGAGCGAGAGUCACCUGCAGGAGGCCUCACUCGACGGCCAUCACGCUCCCCACAACUUCCUCGGCGGCAUCAAGUUGUCUGCGGGGAGGAGCGCCAAGGACCAGAGCUCGCCGCUGUCUCUGCUCUCCCUGUGGAUUCACGGCAGCACUGUCAGGACCCAGGGCCUGCAGGAAGUGGAGAAGGAGAGAGAGAAAGAGAAGGACAGCGUCAGUAGUGACGAAUCGCAGGAAGCCACUAAACCUCAAUACACGCGGUUAUAAUUUUGUAUUAAGAUAUCCUUUUUUAUUUAUGAUACUUUGUGGAUCCAAAGUAGUACAAAAAUCAUAAACUCAAGUCAAGCAAUACAUCUUGUGAGUCAAAUAGACAUGCGAAAAAACAAAAUACUACAGUGUAGCACUAAAUAGUUAUAGAGCUUGUAUUCAGUCAGGGUGGGACCUGCAGGGUCAUAUUUCUAUAAUGUAUUUCCAAAAGAGCGUAAAUUUCAUAAACAGGUCUGUAAAACAUCGAUUUUGCUAUCAAUGGACUAAUUAUCAACUAACCAAACGUAGCUGUAAUGGGCGGAACCAACAGCUCAGCACAAACAGGAGCUGCAGAGCCAUGUUUUGAUGGCGCACAGGAGACGUGUCAUUCAGGCCUCUCGGGGUCUGCCUUGCCGGUCAGAUGUGAUUUCAUAUUCCAUGGAGCCUCAUUCCCACUAAUGGAGGGUUUUAGGUGGUGUGGCUCCCCAAUCACGACAAAAUAAAUUUCAUAAAAAUUUCCUUAGAAUAUAUCAUACCUUCCCCAUCCAUAAGGUCAAGGAUUGUCACUAUUGUUCCUUCGUGGACGGAUCUCAAGAUGCGAAUCUCGUUUAGAAAAUUACCCUGAAAGAGAAUUGCAAACUAAUUGCCGGUGUUAAUCACAGUGCAUCUGCUUUUAAAAUAGUGUAAUUUCUCCUAAAUAAAUAAUCGGUCUCUGUCAUUGAAAAAUCCAUUUACGUUUUCUAAUUAUGUUUCCGUUUGCGUUCUAUACACAACAGGUAGAUAUACUGCAGACACGCACAAAUUUCAUCAUGUUUCUGUAUAUGGCAAGCGGAAUGCGUUUUAUAACUAAUGUGAAUAUUACCAUUUGAAUUAUUUACGUCACUUAAUUAUUCCAUGUAUUAAAGAUACAAAAAUACAUUCGCAACGGGUACAUGAUUUAAGCAUAUGUGAUAUGUAUAGAUUAUGAGAGUGAUUAUUUGGAAAAAAAUAUAGAUUUAUGAUAA